AUGAAUGGUGAUGACCAUGCAGAUGGCAUUUAUGGUGGUAUUAAUGGUGGUGACCAUGCAGAUGGCAUUGGUGAUGAUAUUAAUGGUGAUGACCUUGCAGAUGGCAUUGAUGUAUUAAUUCUGAUGACCAAUGCAGAUGACAUUGAUUAUGGUAUUAAUGGUGAAGACUAUGCAGAUGGCAUUGAUGAUGGUAUUAAUGGUGAUGACCAUGCAGAUGGCAUUGAUGAUGGUUUUAAUGGUGGUGACCAGGUAGAUAGCACUGAUGAUAGUAUUAAUAGUGGUGCCCAUGCAGAUGUCAUUGAUGAUGGUAUUAAUGGUGAUGACCAUGCAGAUAGCGUUGACAAUGGUAUUUAUGGUGAUAACCAUACAGAUGGCAUUGAUGACGGCAUUAAUGGUGAUGACCAGGCAGAUGGCAUUGAUGAUGGUAUUAAUGGUGAUGACCAUGCAGAUGGCAUUGAUGAUGCUGUUAAUGUUAAUGACCAUGCAGAUUGCAUAGAUGAUGUUAUUAAUGGUGAUGACCAUGCAGAUGGCAUCAAUGAUGGUAUUAAUAGUGAUGACCAUGCAGAUGGCAUUGAUGAUGGUAUUAAUGGAGGAGACCAUGCAGAUGGCAUUGAUGAUUGUUAUAAUGGUGAUGACCAUGCAGAUGGCUUUGAUGAUGUUAUUGACGGUGGUGACCAUGCAGAUGGCAUUAAUGAUGCUAUUAAUGGUGGUGACCAUGCAGAUGGCAUUGCUGAUGAUAUUACUGGUGAUGACCAUGCAGAAGGCAUUGAUGAUGGUACUAUUGGUGGUGACCAUGCAGAUGGUAUUGAUGAUGGUAUUAUUGGUGGUGACCAUGCAGAUGGCAUUGAUGAUGGUAUUAAUAGUAGUGACCAUGCAGAUGACAUUUAUGAUGAUGGCAUUGAUGAUGGUAUUAAUGGUGGUGACCAUGCAGAUGGCAUUGAUGAUGGUAUUAAUGGUGAUGACCAAUGCAAAUGGCAUUGA